AUGCUGCCAUGUGUAAACUUCAAUAUUUAUGUCUCUAUGCUACGGUACCGGGUCUGCAAAAUAAAACCAAUCCAAUUCAAAUUUCUGCAUAGUUUAAAAAAAAGAGAAUUCAGACAAAGCAUUGGAAGGUUGGUUAGGGAUGCUGUUAAUACCGAGUGUGAUGUAGCAAUUGAUAAGGAUGAAAGUAAUAUAAUCUCAAAUAUUCUGUCCAUUGAUUUUGAUCCAGGGGAUGACUCCCUUACAUCACCUCAUAAUAUAGCGAAGCUGUUGACUGACAAUACUGAUAGCCAGCCCGAUCCUUAA